GCUGCCGGGCUCUGCGUUUUGCUUACCCGCUCGUGUUGGCGGGCAAUUUAUUUCUUAAAUUAACAUAAUUUAACUCUUUUUCUCGCACCCUACCCCCCCAUUCGUGAGUCCUUCAGUGGCACUGCUCGGGUACAGAGCCUGAACGUUGAAGUAUUAAUACCUCCAGAGAGCUUCCCUGUUGUCACACAGGGGUUUGCUUAAAAUACUCCAAAUGAAAAUGACUCUGCAGCUUUUUCCUUUUUUUUUUUUUUUUUGUGAUAAAUUUCAAGAUGGUUAUAGAUGGAGAGCCACAGGUGGGGGUUUUGUCCUUUUUUUCUCCACAGAAGUUUGGAAACGUUUUGGACGACGACAGGCAUGUUCCCACAGGAAUUCAUUAUUGGUUUCCCUAAAUGUGUAAAAAUCAGCAAAGUCUCAAUCCAGUGUUAUUUGGUGCGGACCUUAAGGAUUGAAAGAAGUGUAUCUAAAGACCCAGUAGGUUUUGAACACUGCAUUGAAAAAGAUUUGCAACACACAGAAGGACAGCUUCAAAUGGAAGAAUUUCCACUUCCUGAUUUCCAAGCCACUUACUUGCGUUUUAUCAUCAAAUCUGCCUUUGAUCAUUUUGUAUCAGUGCACCGGGUGAUGGCAGAAGGCACAGCAGAAAACACUUAAGUCCAGCUUAAAUUUGUACCUCAAUUUUUUUAUAAAGAAGUUAUAUUUUGAUAUGUGUAGCACAGAGAAUAUUUAUUAUUAAACCCUUGUAUUACAGUGGUUUUUGAAGGCGUGGAUGUAGUAUGUAUUCCCCACUGUGUAAUGUAUGUAAUGCAGUACUCCUAUUAAUUGUAGUAACAGCUUUCUAGUUUUAUAACCUAGACUGUUACCCUAGAACACUUGAACUGAGUCCAUUUAAAUUGGUAUGUUUAUAUCAGGCUUUCUUAAUAUAUGAAUUAAAACUUGAUUUCCUGUAAAAUGUUUCCCUUGCACUCUGAGUUAAAUAGAAAAAAAAAAAAAAA